AUGUUCUUUACAUUUUGUUGCAGAGGAUUGCAAUGUCCUGUAGCUGAAAAAAAUGAUAAUAUUGAUUUAUUAAUUCCAUCAAACACUGUAAACAGUUGUCUCAAAAUUAAAGAUGCAGCAACCCAGUUUCCAGAAGUUAAAGAAAUAGAAAAACAAUUUCAGAAUGUGAGCGUUCAAGUUUCAAUAGGGUCAAUCAUACCAAAAUUUUCAAGUUUUAUUACAACUAAUGAUGAAUUAAGCACGAUGACAGGAAUACCCAACUUCCAAUUAUUAAACACAAUAAAAAAGUUAGUCGAUAGAAGAACUUCAUUUCAUUCGAACUCCAAAUUUGAUAAUCUAGAAAUAAUCGUAGUGACAUUUAUGAAGCUUAAACAAAACAUGUCAUACGCAUUAUUGGCAGUUUUCUUUCAAAUUUUUACCCCUGAAACUUGUCGAGAAAGAAUUCUUAAUAUGAUCGAUGUUUUGCAUGCAUGUUUGAAGCCUGCUAUUUAUUGGCCAAGUAAAGACAACAUUUCGAGAAAUAUGCCCCAAUGCUUCAAGGAUUUUCCAAAUUUUCGUGCUGUUAUUGACUGUAUUGAAAUACCGAUACAAAAGUUCAAAAAUUUAUGCUGUCAACUUAACACUUAUUCUUAUUACAAAAGUUGUUAUACACUAAAAUUUAUGACAGCUGUAACUCCGGCAGGAUUAAUUCCAUUCAUUAGCAAACCAUAUGGGGGUCGAUCUUCAGACAAUGUUAUUUGCGAACAAAGUGGAAUUCUAAAAAUGAUGGACAAAAAUGACGACUUGAUGGCUGAUCGAGGAUUUACUGUUGGUGAAUUGUGUAAGAAACAUGAUGUAAAUUUAAUUAUACCUCCAUUUCUGAAACAAAAACAACAGUUUUCACAAGCAGAAGCGAUAACAGGACGAUUAAUAGCCAAAGCACGAGUUCAUAUUGAAAGGAGUAAUCAAAGAAUUAAAUACUUUCAGAUACUUUCUUCCAAAAUGCCUACCGGACUAGUCUUCAAAUCUGAAGAAAUAUUUACCAUUGUUUGUGCCGUUGUAAAUUUAAGUAAUCCUAUUUUAAAAAAUGACAAAUUUUAA